GCCUUGGAGAAGGAGGGUGGGUGCGUUCCCUCAGCAACAGGGAAGAUGGCAGCUCUCACAUCUCUCACCCAGUUAUCAAGCGGGAACCCUGUUUAUGAGAGCUUUUACAGACAGGUGGACCCUGGGAAUACAGGGAGAGUGGGACCAACAGAAGCUGCCCUAUUCUUAAAAAAAUCUGGUCUCCCUGACAUUACACUAGGAAAGAUCUGGGAUUUGGCCGAUCCUGAUGGCAAAGGCUUUCUGGACAAACAGGGGUUCUACGUAGCUCUUCGGCUGGUGGCCUGUGCUCAGAGUGGUCAGGAAGUCAGUUUGUCCAGCCUCAACCUCACUGUCCCUCCCCCCAAGUUUAAGGAUACCAGCAGUCCGUCUCUAGGCAGCACAGCUCCUCUCUCCAGCGAAUUAUACUGGGCUGUCAGGCCUGAGGAGAAGAGUAAAUUUGAUGGGAUUUUUGAAAGUUUGGCUCCAGUGAAUGGCCUGCUGUCAGGAGAGAAGGUUAAACCUGUCCUUAUCAACUCAAAGCUACCUCUGGAUGUUCUUGGGAAGGUAUGGGACCUAAGUGACAUAGAUAAAGAUGGCCACCUGGACAAAGACGAGUUUGCAGUGGCUAUGCACCUUGUGUAUCGGGCCUUGGAGAAGGAGCCUGUUCCUGCCCUCCUUCCCUCCGCCCUCAUCCCUCCAUCGAAGAGAAAGAAGAGUCUGGGCUCAGUGGCCAGCUCUGUGCCUGGCCUGCCUGCUAGCCCUCCUCCUCCAAAAGAUUCAUUGCGCUCCACACCCUCACAUGGAAGCAUGAACUCACUCAACAGCACCGGCAGCCUGUCACCCAAACAUACGCUCAAGUCUGCACAGCAUUCAGUGACCUGGGUGGUCCCAGUAUCAGACCGUGGUCGUUAUGACGACAUUUUCCUGAAGACUGAUGCUGAUCUGGACGGUUUUGUCAGCGGACAGGAAGUGAAGGAGAUCUUUAUGCAGUCUGGACUUUCUCAGAAUGUCCUCGCCCAUAUAUGGGCUUUGUCAGAUACAAGGCAGAUAGGCAAGCUGACUAGGGAGCAGUUUGCCCUUGCUAUGUAUCUCAUCCAGCAGAAAGUCAGCAAGGGCAUCGACCCUCCUCAGGCCCUGACUGCUGACAUGAUUCCCCCCUCUGAGAGAGGCACACCUGUACCAAGUAUGUCAGGAUACAUGACCCCUGUGGGAUCAGAGAUGGCUGCUCUGUCUGAGAUGAGACGGGAUAGCUCUAGUUCGGUUGGUUCAGGAGAAUUCACUGGCAUCAAAGAGUUGGAUGACAUCAGCCAGGAGAUUGCUCAGUUACAGAGGGAGAAGUACACACUAGAACAGGACAUCAGGGAGACGGAGGAGGCUAUCAGACACAAGAGUGCAGAGGUGCAGGAAAUGCAGAGUGACCUAGACAGAGAGACUGCUAGUCUGCAGGAACUUGAGGCACAAAAACAAGAUGCCCAGGACCGCCUGGAGGAGAUGGACCAGCAGAAACAUAAAUUAGAGGACAUGCUCAAUGAGGUUCGGAUGAAGUGCCAGGAAGAGUCACAGAUGAUCUCAACUUUGCAGACUCAGAUCCAUUCCCAGGAGUCAGACUUGCAGAGCCAGGAGGAAGAGCUUAGCAGGGCAAAGGCGGACCUGGGUCGACUGCAGCAGGAGGAGAACCAGCUGGAGCAGAGCCUGGCUGCUGGAAAGAUCCAACUGGAGACCAUUAUCAAGUCUCUGAAGGCAACACAGGAUGAGAUCAACCAGGCUCGCAGCAAGUUGUCCCAGAUUCAAGACAGCCAACAGGAAGUGUCCAAAAGCAUUGAGCAGUACAACAGCACCUUGAAUGGAACCCAUGGAGGCAGUAUGACCAACCUGGCAGACAUGAGCGAAGGUUUCAGUGACAGAGAGAACGGAGGAUUCCCAGCCAUGGUGAGAGCAGUGCAGGAGGAUCCCUUCAAAGUGAAGCCAUCUGUGUUCAACAGCCAGCCUCAGGAGCUUCCCACUGACCCCUUCCACUCUGAAGACCCAUUCAAAACAGAUCCAUUCAAAGGUGACCCUUUCCAAAACGACCCCUUUGCAAAGCAGCCAUCAGCAACUACAGAUCCUUUUGGAGGAGACCCGUUCAAAGAGACGGAUCCCUUCAAGGCUUCAUCAGAAGAUUUCUUCAAGAAAACUACAAAGAUGGAUCCCUUCUCCACCUCAGACCCCUUCAGUAAAAGUGCCACAUUACCUUCCAAGCAAACCAGUCACUUCACAAGCAGCGACCCAUUCUCUUCAAACAACCCAAAACCAAAAGGGCCAGUCGGACAUGGUAGUCCCUUGAUGACACAUGACCUUUUUGGCACACUGGACCCAUUUGGCAGCAGUUCAUUCAGCAGCAGCAGUAACAGCUCAGCUGGGUUUGCAGACUUUAGCCACAUGUCAAAACCCAGAGAUCCAUUUGAAGGCAGAGCCAGCUGGCUUCCAGACUAUCAGAAGUCUGUAUUUGCGGAUGAUCCAUUCAGCCGGAAAAAUGACACCCCAGCUCUGCCACCAAAGAAAAGUGUUCCACCAAGACCCAAACCACCCAGUGGUAAGAGUACACCAGUGAGCAUGUCCGGCACAGCUGACCCUUCCAAACCAUGCGACCCCUUUCAGCCAUUCGGCAGCGACCCUGUUGACCCGUUUCAGAGUAAAAAGGGUCCAGUGGACCCCUUCAGCAGCAAAGACCCAUUUGCUCCAUCUGCAACUUCAAGACCUGACAAAGUCAAGUUUGGAAAUGAGGCUCAGCAGCUGGAGUGGGCUAAGCGGGAAAGUGAGCGAGCAGAGCGUGAGCGGCUGAAACGGCUCAGACAGCAGGAGCAGGAGGACCUGGAGCUGGCCAUAGCCCUCAGUAAGGCCGAGAUGUCUAACGCAUGACAUGGAGUCACCACCACACACAGCGCAUAGACAGGCUAACAUGCAGACAAAUGUGACUGACAUUUUAACAUAAAGCACAUCACUGGACUAACUCUCGAGUGUUCAUACUGACUUUGCUCCACACGUGCAUACAGCCACACCCACGCACACUUUCACUAUUAAUAUACCCCUACCCGCAGUUACUGGUCUGACUGCUGCUUGCAUCAAAAAAUGAGAACUGAGGGCCCCUGAAUUUAUCACUGCAAAUCUCUCUAGCUGACACAAAAAAGGUUGUGAACUCAAGGACAAAGAAGAAAAGAAGGAUGAAGAAGCAGAGGCUGCAUGAAAACAGACAGAUGCACUGUGUAUAUGCACUAUAGUGGCUUAACAGUAUUGCAAAUAAUUAAUGGACUGAUUGGAAUUGCAGACAGAACACUUUGGUAGUUUGUGUUGUAAACACAGAAGCAGAAGUGAAGAAAGAUAACACUACAAUCCAAACUGCCAAGGUAUUUUUUAAAAGGGAUUUUUUCCUGAUGUUUAAGAGUGACAUGGAUAUAUCCUUUGGCUACUAAUGAAAUAGACUGUGUCAGUUGGUAUGUAGAUCUGCGUUGGUUUAUAGUGAGGCAGUAGAGAAGACUGGAUUUGGCACUCAGGACUGAGAUUUUCUGUUUUUUUCUUUUUACUGCAAGGAAACACUUUCAGCAACCCAUACUUACAUAUGACAUGAGAAAGUGAAUGAUACUUUUUUAUUUUACUGUCAUUUUUAAGUCUAUUUUACAACUAAAUAUAAUAACUCACAUAUUUAUGCUUCUCUACAAUCCUCCUUGGUUUAAGAAGGGUAAAAUCUGUUUCUGAUAUACAGAAUUAAGAUUGACUUUAUCUGACCCUGAGUGAGUUGAAGCAAAUUUCCCAAUGCAUUAGUUUUCCCUCUAAAUGUAUGUAUCACCAGAUAUAAUCAACCAAUCAAGGCAGAAAACUCAGUCACAGUGCCAGCAGGCUCCACCGUCACUGUGUGCCCUUUAGUUUGUCAUUAUUGUCGAUGUUUUUUUGGGAGCAUACUGUAAUUACAAUAGUAACUAACAAGAUAAAGGCCUCAUGCUGCUAUAUACAUACAUGCAUACACCCCUAGACUAAAUCUUUACUUUGAAUAUUGGCUUUUUUCUCCUGGAAAAUUCUUUUUCUAUAUUCAAAAGAGAAUCCUCUUUCUCUAGACCAGUUUAGUACUCACCGUGGCAGUGGUCAGUGUGACUUUAAAACCAUUUUUGUCAUUUAUUUUGUUUGCAAGGUGCAUACUGUAUAUCUGAAUAGAUUGUGGGCACAAUCAGAUUACCACAAACUAAUACUGAAGACAUGUAGACCUGAGGACCCCAGCUGGUGAAGUUAGUCCAGCAAAGAUAAAUCCUUCUCUGUCUCAAUGGCUUGUCCUGUGUGAACAAGAAAACAACUUUUUCUGACAUUCUCACUAUUCACUUUCAGCGUAUUAUGGAAGGAUAGAAGUCUAACUGCUUUAAAUGUGUAAAAAAGAACAAAAAAUCUGGAGAUCCAUUACACUGGUUCCCUUUAAUGUGACGAGUACCUGACAAUGAAAACACAGUUGGAGAUGUCAGCAUAUCCUGUGGAGCAACAGUAACAAAUUGUACAGAUAUAUUUUCGUUGUUUCUGAGUGAGAGAGUACUAUGGGGGGGGUGAUGCCCUGCAGUACUGUCUUUCUCUGUUUAGUGUAUAUAGAAAAACAGAGCUAACUAUGCCUCUUCUUGACAGCUGUGCUUUGAUCCUGAUGCUGUGAUGUCAUACCACAUCCUACGAUUUAAAUACAAGAUGAGGGAAUAUUUUUGUUUUCAUUAACAUUGUUUUCUGAUAAGAGAAUGAGGAUUUUAACCAUUUCUAUUUAAGUAGCUGGAUAUUCUUUUAUUAUUUUGACAUAUUUUUGUUUUAAAAGAACAUCUGAUUUAUUGUACAUGUUUUGUUCUAUACUUUGUAGUUGAGUAUUAGCCACUCCAGUGCUCUACAGACCAGCAAUAAAGCUGCAGGGUGUUUGGAAAAGUUUGGAACUGGCUGAAAUCAGGUGUCAUUGGCUGGAUUUUAGAAAUAAUGCUAUAUCUGAUGUGUCAUAGUUCAGUGCUACAGCAUGGACAUAACCACUCUGUUUUUAUUUGAGUUGUCCCUUUUACUUGAAGUGGUGUAUUAUGAGACAGACUGAAUCAUGACAUUUUGUAUGAUUCUUUCUUUUGCCACAUGAUUACCCUGCCAUCGCAUUCAGCUCACCCAUCAUCACCACUGCUCAGAUCACCUUGUUCUCCUACUGUCACUUUGAAGGAGGACAUAUGCUUGUUUUCAUUUUCCUUUACCAUACCUUGGUAAUCAUGGGGAGAACAAAAGUCUUAUGCUUUGCUUAGUUAAAGCAAAGUUUUUUGAUGUUGUGUGUUUAAAAUUGAGAACAAACCAUUGACAGUACUUUGGUCUCAGUUCCAGGAGUGUGGUGAAACACAAACAUUUCAACUACUCUAAUAUGUUCAUUAGAAUUGUUUUAAGAAAUAAUUUCAAACCCUCCUCAGCAAUUUCUGGAGGAAAAAUAAUUUAUUAGAUAAUAAACUUACUUUAGAAAAUAAAAUACAUUGAAGUUCUUCUGAUCUCUGUAAAUCCAAUCAGUGUAUGGGUCAAUGACAAGACGUGCAUUUUCCAAACCUCUUAUUUCCUCAAAAAAAGUUCAUGGCAUAUAUUAGUUUGUGCUAUUAAACCUACUUUUUAAUAUAUUUUCAGAAUAUUUGGAUAAUUGAUUUCAUAUUUUGGCAUUAAAAACCCUAAAAAUGUCAGGGGGCACAACUCAUAAAUGAUCAGGUUACUGACACUGUUAAAAAUGUCGUUUGAUUGUAAGAAAUUCAAAAUAAAAUACUUGGCAUGAUGUUGUGCUUGAAAUCUUUGCAAUAAACAAAUGUUAUCAAAUUUAUCAUUUUAAGCCAAAAUCCUUCAAAAACAUUUUUUCCAGAAUUUGUAAGUUCUUAAAUGUCAAUGUGGCACAUCAUGGGAACUUAAUUUUGAACAUAUUGUAGCAUAAAUUGUAGCAAAUAUUUCUUUUCUAUCCAGGUAGUUCAGGAAAGUCACACCUCCUUAUUAAAAGCAAAUUCACUGAAAAAUUAACAGUGUUAAUUUAGAUCAUACAAAUUUCAAGUCAAUGCUUUGAGUUUAUCUACAUUGGUUCACACUACAUAUAACUUUAAUAUUUCACAAUAUGACAGAGAAGAUGAAGAUGAUGAAGAAUAUGCACUGUGGGUCCUUUAAAAACACCUAAAGUCAUUGGUGGGAACUGUAACUCAGUGGAUAACUUCACGUAUGGUGCAAUUGUGUCUCACAUGGAAACAACAACAAUUAACCAGAAACAUAAGCAAAAGAACCUCAGCAGGGAUUUUUGUACAACAGGCAACAUUUAAACACAAUAAAACACUCUGCCCAAGGGCAUGAUGGGUAAUUUCACCCACACAUGCCCCCCAGAUUUAAAAUGUCAAUGGGAUGAACAUAGAUCAGUUGACUUAACAGAGUCAAACUAAUACCGGUGGAUUGAUUUAUUCAUUUAAAUCAAGCUGACAGUAUUGGCCUAGUCAAAUGGUUUACAGAUCAUCAAAAAAUAAAUAAAAACAUUUCUUUUCAGUCACAGGUGGGUGGGUGCACUUUCCAUGUCAGGGGGUACAACUGAGGUAAAACAGCUACAUUUUAUUUUACCAUAAAAUUCUUGAUUUUAUUUUGAAAAUUUAAGAGUCAACUUUUUAACAAGAACAAAAUUAACAAUAUGUAUUGAAGUAUUUGCCUGUUUUAUUUGAAAUUAGUUGCAAAUGCCAGCUGGCACAACUGGUGUUUCAGGUAGUGAAACUACAAAAAGUGUUACUAUAUGAAAUACAUAAUAUUUAGAGCUCUAAAAAAUAUAAACUUUACUUCUAUUAAGGUAAAGAAGGUAUCACAUACUAACCUUUUUUUGAUCAAUUAUGUGACUACUUUCUUAUAAGAAUAAAAGUAAGACCAUUUGUCAAGCUAUUUACCCAUUUAAUUUGUAGUUGCAAAUGUCAGGUGGCGCACCCGCUAAUGAAUAAGCCUUGUAUGUCAUUGACCUAUAUAACUGGCUUGAUUCUUUGUAUUUCACCUUAAAUUCUGAUAAACUUGGCCCCUACUACCAGGGGUCAUAAUUUCAGCGAUCUACCCUUAACAAGUUUAAUGAAUGCAGAUUGUAGUGAAAUGUCUUGUGUUUUCAUCCAACGCUGGAACAAAUGAUAUGAUGGUCAUGGUUGAGGAACAGGUCUGCGUAAAAAAAUCUUUAACGGUUUUCUCAAAUGGACAAACACGUGACCUUUUAUUGCACAAAUUUUGAUGAAAACAAUUUUUUAACUGCUAAGAUAGUUUGGUUGUUUUGAGUCACAGCAGCCUUGAAAGAAGGCUUUGCACUCGCUGGUAUGACUUAAAUGUUAUUUAAGGUUACAUUUGGUUCUACAGUGAACUAGAUGAGGACAAUGAAGACCUCAGUAGUAUAAGUGAAGUAUCGAACAAAUGUUUAUCCAAGAUAUUAUACAUGCGUGGAACUGCCUUUUGUAAAGGUUGCUUAAAUGCAACAGUGUGAAUUAACCCAAAUCAGAAAGAAACACUUGAGUCAAAGUUUGUGUGCAGCUCCUGAUUCUCCUUUAUCGACAUGAACUGCCUCUCCCUUUAAUUUUUGUCUUGUUUACAUAUCCUAAAUAUUUACUUUGCUGUAGAGAUAUUGAGUACCUGUAUGUGAGCUGUGCUGCUUGUGUGAACUUACCUACGCUGUGAAGUAAAAACCCCUCCUGAAGAGCUUCUUCUGAGUCAUUAAACACAUAUUGGCAUUUUGAAUCUCUGCAGUGCUCCUGUCACAUUGAAGAACUUCUUCUGUUGCCAUUCAACACUGAAAACAAUUGGUACUGUUGGCUAACCAACUAGCUUAUUGUCAGCUUAUCUACAGGUUGACAAAGGACAAAACUGAUUUUCUAACAUGAUAUUUUAGGUUAUGUUUUAUGCCACAUGGUGUUUAAGGCUGCCGUUUACUUUUAUUAUGUAACAUUCAUCUUAUAAAAGAACAAAACUGACAUGAUGGUCUCUUUUUUGGAUUAAUUUUGAAAACAUUUCCAAACUUGACUUAAAAUCAUCACAAGACUGAAGUCAGAAAAAUAAAUUUACAGUCAUAAACUCAAGCAGCUGCAUGCAGUAGUUUUUAGUGUGAUAAUACUGGUAAUGCCACACUGCCAUGAUGCAAACAUCUAGCUUUUUGAUGGCAGUUAAAUCCUAGCCUAAUAUAAAUGCCAUUGUUUCCAGAGUAUAUUGAAGUUAACUAAAGUGCCAAUAAGUCGCUUACAACAAUGUGACAGGCAGCUCGUUUGUCAGGAAGAGUUAAACUUUCUCUAAAAAUGUCUUUAUGUGGUUUAAGAGUGCUCUCAGUGAGUCUGUGGUGUUCUAGUCACAGCUCAAUGGCUCAGUUACAGUUGGAAAGCAAACUCAGUGUGAAUUAGGAAGACAGAAAUCAACCAUGCAAUUUAGAACUGAGAGUCACAGGAUUUAACAGAAGAGGAGUAUAGUGGUGAAUAUCAGCUAAAACUUAAACGACUCACAAUAAAAUAUUUGAUCAAUACAAAUAUUAGGAAUCUGACUAGAUAAUUGCAGCCAACUUUGGUACUUUUAACCCUCUCAGCCUCAUUUCAGUUGUAACCAAAAGGUAGUGAAACUCAAUAACUGUGACCCUCACUUUUUCAUCAUGUGUUUCUGUUUACAUCCCACUGACCCCAAACCGUCUGAAGUGUACUCCUUAGAGUGCCGAGCUCCAAACUGGUACCAUCAUUCAUACUGUAUUUGUCAUCUGAUAACUCCAUUGUGCAAUAGAUAAUGUUUAUUUUUUUAUUGUUGUUUUGUGUAUCCUGUGAAACCAGUGUAAUGUUUUUGAUAUGUAGUGUAUGUGUUUGAUAUGAUUAUUUAUGCACCCACAACCAUCCACUCCUCUGUCAUGAUUUUGUGGAGAAAGUUCAUGCUUUCAUUUCAUUCCAGUUGCUGCAGAAUCUUCUUACCUCUCAUUCCCUAUUGCUUUUUAUAAAUUUAGGGAAAGGUAAGCCAAUGUCCGAUAAUAAAUGUUUUUAAAUUAUCAGCAAUCUUAGCAGUUGAACUAAAACAGAAAUAUAAGUAUGAUGACAUCUGAAAAAUACUAUUUACGACAUAAUAUUUUCUUAAUUUUGAUAUUCAUUUCAUUUUUGUUUUAAAAAGUUGGACUUUUUUGAUACAAAGUAUUUGGAUUCAGUAUUUACUGACGUUCUCAAGCUUUGCUCACUUUACUUUUUCUUUUGUUUAACCUCCAACUGCCCUUCCUCCCUUGUAGGUGAAAUAAUCUGAGCUGUCUUUAUUAAGAUGCAUACAAAAUGUAAACAGUCUGUAUAGUACCAUGUCUGUUAUAUUUGUCCUACAAAAGUGGAAGAUGAAGAAUAAAAGAAAACUUGAUAAGGAACCGUUUGGAAGGUUUCCUACAGUUACACUAAUAGCUGAGGAGAGAAUAGAUGCUGGUUUAUUUUGAACAGUGAUCCUCUCUACCUGGUCUG